CUCAUUUACAUCAAUGGCCGACUAGAACGUGUGGAAUUUAACGAAAAGUCAAAAUCAAUAACUAAAGCGAAUGUAACACACUAUUAAAUGCUAACCAGACAUCGCUAGAAGUCUUUUGAAAUGUGGUUUAUAUAUUUUUUGAGCUGGAUAGCUCUUUUUAUACAGAUUGCAAUUGUAACACUCUCCAUUGCUGCUGGUUUGUACUACCUUGCUGAAUUGGUUGAAGAAAAUACAGUGUUUACUUCAAAAAUAAUUCAAUACUUAAUCAUAUUUACAACAGGAGUUCAUAUUGGAGUUUUGGUACUUGAAGAUUUUCCGUUCUAUGUAUCAGUCCUAGGAUUAUUAGCCAAUGGGUUCUAUUUCAUGGUUCUACAGAAUUUUCCAUAUUUUAACUUGACAUCUCCAUCUUUUAUUGGCUCUGUUGCGAUGAUGUUUGGUCAGCACUAUGUGACAUUUUCUCAUUUUUCAAAUGUGUGGUAUCCAUUCUCAGAGGUGAUGGCAUAUUUCACUAUCUGUUUGUGGUUGGUACCUUUUGCAUUUUUCGUUUCUCUAUCAGCCAAUGAAUAUGUUUUACCAACAGUUUCAAGUGAAAGACCUUCACUUAGUUCAGAUUCUGAUCCAGUAAGCAUUUACUUCAAGAACAAGGGGAAAAAAUAUGGACUUCUUUCAUUUUUCAAAUAUGCUCAAGAUAGUGUGUUGCCUCAGAGAAUUAAAAAACAAUUUUGAUUUGGGAUAGAAUUUAGUUGAUAUUAUGCAAUGUUUGGACAUGGAACAGGCUGUAUUUGUGAUGAAUGAAGUUUUACAUGCAUGUUAUUGUUGAACUUAGCUUUAUAAAUAAUAGAAUAAAGCUUUUGUUGUGUUCAGUUAUAUUCAAAUAUAUAUAAAAUUGUCAUGUUUUUAUCAGAUGAACAGAGUUUAGAAUCAUAAUGGAAAAGAAGUGUUUUGAAAUAGAAAUCCAAGUCUGUCAUAAUUGUUUUCUGUCAUUUAUGAUACAAAUUUGAACAAGAGUAAGAAAAUGAAAAUAAAAAAAAUGAAAUGGAGUUUUGUGACAUGUCAGCUCCAACCGGACUGGAUUGCAGCAAAAACAAAAGUCCAAUCAGCACGAAUUAGGUCAUUUCGGGAGUAACAAGGUAAAUUUUCUUUCAAUAAACCUAGAAAGAUAGGCAGGACUCCGUACUCCUUGUCACCUUGGGAUUGAUACCACACUAAUGACACCAUGACAGACUGUAGAAUCUAAAGCGCAUGCCACAGUCCCCUCAUAUCGAACAAACAUAAGCUGCAUUAUUUCUAUUUGUACUUAUAGACUUUAAGGUACCCAAAAUUUAUCUGCAUAAAUAUUUUCUUUAAAUAUUAGUAUUAUGUUUACUGAUUUCUCACUGAGAAACAUAUGUUCACUUUUUUUUUUAUUGUUCCCUGUUGUCCCACGUUUUUUAUUAAGACAUCCAUAUUGUAUUUGAUAUUGUUUAUUUGCUUCAUAUAUAUACAUAGAUCAUCAAAUAAUACUCAAUUCUUGUCAUU